GGCACCCACUUCCGGCGAAGAGCGGAAGAGGCGGGCAGGUGGAGGCGGGGCUAAGAUGGCGGCGCCUUUGAGGAUUCAGAGCGACUGGGCCCAAGCCCUCAGGAAGGAUGAAGGGGAAGCCUGGCUGAGUUGUCACCCCCCAGGGAAACCAACUUUGUAUGGUAGCCUGACUUGUCAAGGAAUUGGCCUCGAUGGCAUCCCAGAAGUUACAGCUUCAGAAGGAUUUAUUGUGAAUGAAAUAAAUAAGAAAAGCAUUCAUAUUUCUUGUCCGGAGGAAAACGCAUCCUCGAAGUUUUUGGCACCAUACACUACUUUUUCCAGAAUUCAUUCCAAGAGUAUAACGUGCCUGGACAUUUCCAGUGGAGGCGGCCUUGGUGUGUCUUCUAGUGCUGAUGGGAGCAUGAAGAUCUGGCAGGCUUCCAAUGGCGAGCUCAGAAGAGUAUUGGAAGGACAUGUGUUUGAUGUGAAUUGUUGCAGGUUUUUCCCAUCAGGCCUUGUGGUUCUGAGUGGGGGAAUGGAUGCCCAGUUGAAGAUCUGGUCAGCUGAAGAUGCUAGCUGUGUGGUGACCUUCAAAGGUCACAAAGGAGGUAUUCUGGAUACAGCCAUUGUUGAUCGGGGCAGGAAUGUGGUGUCUGGUUCUCGAGACGGAACAGCACGACUUUGGGAUUGUGGGCGCUCAGCCUGCCUGGGAGUCAUUGCAGACUGUGGUUCUUCCAUCAAUGGAAUGGCUGUGGGUGCUGCUGACAACUCCAUAAAUCUUGGCUCCCCUGAGCAGAUGCCCAGUGAACGGGAGGUUGGAACAGAGUCGAAAAUGCUGCUGUUGGCACGGGAAGAUAAGAAACUUCAGUGCUUGGGACUGCAGAGCAGGCAGCCGGUGUUCCUCUUUGUUGGCUCAGAUGCCUUCAACUGCUGCACUUUUCUCUCUGGCUUCUUGUUAUUGGCUGGGACACAAGAUGGAAACAUUUAUCAGCUGGACGUGAGGAGUCCGAGGGUUCCAGUACAAGUCAUCCACAGGUCAGGAGCACCGGUUCUGUCCCUGCUAAGUUUCAGAGAUGGAUUCAUUGCUAGUCAAGGUGAUGGAAGCUGUUUCAUUGUCCAGCAAGACCUAGACUAUCUCAUUGAGCUCACUGGGGCUGACUGUGACCCUGUGUACAAGCACUUCCAUAUUUUCUGAUAUUACAAGAUAUUCAAGCUUCAUCUUAUACUUCCCCAACCCAGUCCUGGAAUCAGUCAUUUGUCUAGAUGGCUUCAGUUCUUUUUAGUGGAGAAUGGAUUUGGAAAUCAAGUCUGGGCACUAUAUGGAUAUUCUUUGUUUUGGGGGUAUUAUUGCUUCUAGUCCCUACCAGUGGACAGUACAUAUAUAUGUCUAUAUUUCUACAUCCAGCAUUCUAGAUAUACACUAAAGUUCAUGAGUUCACACUGAUGUCUCCCAAUUCCAGUCCAACUCCACUGGGAUUAUUCUAGUCUGCAUACAUACCUCCUUCCUCCAACAGUGAGAAACUUGGCUCUCAUAAUCCUCAAUGUUUCACUUAUUUGCUCAAUACUUCUGUGAGUAACCAAUCUGACAACUACACAAACCACCUCCCCUUUCACUCCAGCCCCUGCACACUUGGUGCUCCUUACAUGGAGUCCCCUGCAUUCACCUCAGCCAGUCCCAGGCUGAGCAAGGUUCUCACCCAACCCUCUGGGUUUAAUUUUUAAUAACAUCUUUUUUUCUGGUAAUAA